AUGAAACACGGCGCAUUUUCACAAUUUCGAGCAAGAAAAACUAUAAAAAAAGUGGAAGGUGCACCAAAGAUGGAUGGUGAUAUCAUGUGCCUAAUGUCACGUGAGCAAUAUCGAGGUACUUUGGAAUUUUGGGUUAAAGGGUUAAUAUUAGAUCCCGCAGACCGAGCAAUUGAACAACAUUCACGACAGUCAACUGGCACAUAUAGUUUAGCGGCUCAACUUGAUGGCCGAUACACUUAUUGUUUCAGUAAUCAAUUCUCGACUGUCACCGAGAAAAUUGUUAGUUUUAAUGUGCAUGGGGUUGUUUAUGUACAGGGUGAUGAUGGAUCUAAUUCACAUACAGACCCGUUAGAAAAAGAAAUCCGCGAAUUAGCGGACGGAUUAGCCGCUAUUCGUGAUGAACAAGAGUAUAUUGUGAUUAGAGAACGUGUGCAUCGUGACACCGCUGAAAGUACAAAUGAUCGUGUGAAGUGGUGGUCACUAUUUCAAUUUAUUGUUUUGGUUUCCGUUUGUCUGUGGCAAGUGUUUUAUCUGAAACGAUUUUUCGAAGUGAAGCGU